GCCACUUGCUCACACCCCGCUCCACCUUAUUCCACCAUGCUGCCACCCAACUCCCCCACCAACUCCGCCGUCGCCCUGAGCGAGGUGCGCUGCUCGGUUGUGGACACCCGCAAGGUGGCGGGCCACACGGACUACGCCAUCCGUGUGCAGACCGACCGCUUCGGCGGCGAGGACCUCGUGUACCGCCGCUUCUCGGCCUUCCUGCAGCUGCAGCAACUGGCGCGCCGCCACUUCCAGGAGCACGCCGUGUGCUGCGGCGGUGACAAGAGCUGCCUGCUCGCGUCCUGCCUCGAGCGCGUGUUCGUGGACACCGAGUUCCCCGUCAUGCAGGGCCGCUUCCUCGGCAAGAACUCCAAUCGCGUUGUGCGCGAGCGCGUGCUCUUUCUCAAUGCGUUCCUGCUCGAGCUGGAGGAGGCGCUCUGCAAGUGCCCGCCCGUGGUCAUGAAGCGCUGCGAGAACCAGGGCUGCAAGAUCACCAAGCUGCUCAAGAGCUUCUACGGCUGCCUCGACGUCUCGAGCAACGACGACGUCAUGUAAACGGGCUCCAUCGCUGUUGCCCGUGCAUCUGUCACCCUACCGACGUCCAUCCAACACUUAUCUGUGUGCGUGUUACCGACGCAAGUCCAAGCGACGACUAAACUGCGCCCCUACUGAGAUUGGUCAGCUUUUCGAUCCUUGAUG